AUGAACUCGGUCGGACCUAGCGACGUUGGGCAGCAGUGGUUCAUCCAAAUGGCUACACAGCUGGCUGGUUUCACGCUCCUAUACUACGAGUAUCUCAUCACCCUCAACUCUGAAAUUAAAUACUACUGGCCACCACGAAACCGGUUCACGCUCGUCUCCUUCUUCUUUUUCCUCAAUCGGUAUCUUCCGCUCUUUGGGCACGUACCAUUUAUCGUGGCAACGAUGUUGACGGUCGAUCAAGCGACGAUAUGUCCUAAACUCACGGUAUACCACGAAUACUUCGCGCUCAUCGUGGAAAUCAACAUCGGCUGGCUUCUGAUGAUCCGCAUCCAUGCGCUCUACGACAAAUCCAAAGUUGUCCUUGGAGUCCUAUACUCACUAGGUAGUGCGGGGACCAUUUUCGCACUGUGGGCUCUCAUAACACAAAAAGAUGCCUACGUACUCGAUGACGCGUCAGCGCGGCUGUUCGCGCUGGGCGUAGUUGGAUGUAGCUCUGCGCUUGGAGAUGAUCUGUCCAAAAGACUGGGUGUCACAUGGGCAGGCGUCCUCAUCUUCGAUGUCGCCGUUUUUGGCCUCACUGCCUAUAAAGCGUUCAAGCUGAGGCGGAGCGGAAGGCUGUUGCAGAUCUUGCUGAGGGACGGGUCUAUGUAUUUCUUAAUCAUCUUCUGCGCCAACGCGGUCAAUAUCGGUAUCCUUCUUACUGCGAAGCCUUUGGUUCGAGGAUUGAUGGUCCCGUUCAUCAAUAUCAUGUCAACAUGUCUCGCCUCCCGCCUAAUGAUCAACAUCCGGUCUUCACAUUCCAAACUCUCCCGCUCUUCUCUCACACAUCACGAUAACCCACAAGAUUACAACCACACCAAUCACCCGACAGGAUCCCGAUGCAACAAUGACGUUGGGACCACGAGCAGCAGGAGCUCGGGACUACAUCUUACGACCAUUAUCGACGAUGUCGGUGGUGCUGAUGCGGACAUGUCUGUCAGUAUGUACAACGUCGGCGCAGGCGGAACAUCUCAAUCAGGAUCAGCGCCUAGAUUCUCCCCGGGUAAGAUGCGAGACGCAGAGGAGACUCGGACGAGAGCUCUGGGAAAGGUUCAUGACGAGCCGGAGUGGUUAGGGCUAGUGGUCAGGAGCCUAAGCCGGGGACGCUGCAACGACGGAGCUGAUGAUUAG